GGGCUUGGCCGGCAGCGGCCUCCCGCGCUGCGCCCCGACGCCGGCGUUUGCUGCUGCUCCCGCGGCUGCUGCCCGGCCGGCCCACGCGGGUCCUGCCUGGCCAUGGCCGCGGCCUCCUCCGCACCCCAGGCCGAAAGGAAGCGCUGGGGUUGGGGCCGCCUGCCAGGUGCCCGGAGGGGCAGCGCGGGCCUGGCCAAGAAGUCCCCUUUCUCGCUGGAGCUGGCGGAGGACCGCCCGGUGGCCGGCGCCUUCUAUGUGCCCGCCGCGCAGCCCAACGCCGUCGACCUGGGCCCGCGGCCGCCCGUGAGCCUGGACCCGCGCGUCUCCAUCUACAGCUCGCGCCGCCCGCUGCUCGCGCGCACCCACAUCCAGGGUCGGGUCUACAACUUCCUGGAGCGCCCCACGGGCUGGAAGUGCUUCGUCUACCACUUCGCCGUCUUCCUCAUCGUCCUGGUCUGCCUCAUCUUCAGUGUGCUGUCCACCAUCGAGCAGUAUGCCGCCCUGGCCACAGGGACCCUCUUUUGGAUGGAGAUCGUCCUGGUGGUGUUCUUCGGCACGGAGUACGUGGUGCGCCUCUGGUCUGCCGGCUGCCGCAGCAAGUACGUGGGCGUCUGGGGGCGACUGCGCUUUGCGCGCAAGCCCAUCUCCAUCAUCGACCUCAUCGUGGUUGUGGCCUCCAUGGUUGUCCUCUGCGUGGGCUCCAAAGGGCAGGUGUUCGCCACCUCGGCCAUCAGGGGCAUUCGCUUCCUACAGAUCCUGCGGAUGCUGCACGUGGACCGCCAGGGCGGCACCUGGAGGCUCCUGGGCUCCGUGGUCUUCAUCCACCGCCAGGAGCUGAUCACCACCCUGUACAUCGGCUUCCUGGGCCUCAUCUUCUCCUCCUACUUCGUGUACCUGGCCGAGAAGGACGCUGUGAACGAGUCGGGCGGCAUCGAGUUCGGCAGCUAUGCCGAUGCCCUCUGGUGGGGGGUGGUCACGGUCACCACCAUCGGCUACGGGGACAAGGUGCCCCAGACGUGGGUCGGGAAGACCAUCGCCUCCUGCUUCUCCGUCUUCGCCAUCUCCUUCUUCGCGCUGCCCGCGGGCAUCCUCGGCUCUGGCUUCGCGCUCAAGGUCCAGCAGAAACAGCGGCAGAAGCACUUCAACCGGCAGAUCCCGGCGGCGGCCUCACUCAUCCAGGUGACGGCCUCUCCCCUCUGGUUCCAGACGGCCUGGCGCUGCUACGCCGCCGAGAACCCCGACUCCUCCACCUGGAAGAUCUACGUGCGGAAGGCACCCCGGAGCCACGCCCUGGUCUCCCCCAGCCCCAAGCCCAAGAAGUCUGCCAUGGUGAGGAGGAAAAAGUUCAAAGUGGACAAGGACAACGGGCUGAGUCCGGGAGAGAAGAUGCUCACGGUGCCCUACAUCACGUGUGACCCCGUGGCGUCGGAGGAGCGCAGGCCGGACCACUUCCCCGCGGACGGCUACGACAACACCGUGAGGAGAAGCCCCGCGCUGCUGGACGUGAGCCCCACGCGCUUCGUGAGGACCAACAGCUUCAUGGAGGACCUGGACCUCGAGGGGGAGACGCUGCUGACCCCGAUCACCCAUGUGUCACAGCUGCGGGAGCACCACCGGGCCACCAUCAAGGUCAUCCGGCGCAUGCAGUACUUUGUGGCCAAGAAGAAAUUCCAGCAAGCGCGGAAGCCCUACGACGUGCGGGACGUCAUCGAGCAGUACUCCCAGGGCCACCUCAACCUCAUGGUGCGCAUCAAGGAGCUGCAGAGAAGGUUGGACCAGUCCAUCGGGAAGCCCUCCCUCUUCGUCUCUGCCUCAGAGAAGAGCAAGGACCGCGGCAGCAACACCGUCGGCGCCCGCCUGAGCCGCGUGGAAGACAAGGUGACGCAGCUGGACCAGCGGCUGGUGCUCAUCACAGACAUGCUCCACCAGCUUCUGUCCUUGCACCGGGGCGGCCCCCCGGGCAGCCAGCCCCCCAGCGGAGGCGGGCCACCCGGGGUGCAGCCCUGCCGAGGCCCCGUCCACCCCCAGCUUUUCCUGCCCAGCAACGCCCUGCCCACCUACGAGCAGCUGACCGUGUCACACAGGGACCCCGGCGAGGAGCCCUGAGGGCCUCACCGGCCUGCCCCACCUCCCACUCCGCAGGGGCACCCUGGGGUCCAGAGAGCAGCCUCUCUCCCCCGGGGCCCAGACACCCUGAGGACCACGCUGGGCUGCAGGUGUGCUGAGGCCACCUCUUCCUGGCCAGGGGGCACUGGCACCUGGCUGGGCAGGGAGCCCCCUCAGUCUGCGUGGUGUCGGGACCCUGUGGCAGGGGGCAGGCUGGCCCUUGGUCCGUCCCAUGUGUGGCAGAAAGCAGGACAGGUGGGAGCAGGCCCAGUGCUUCCCAAGAGGACAGUGAGGGACAACCUGGACGGCUCCUGAGGGCCUGGAAGCCGGGACCCAGGGGCACCUGGGAGGGGCCGGACAGGCGUGGGCAGGGCGGGCCCAGCCCACGCCAGACUAGGGGUGCCCACGCGUCCCGCCCGGAGGGCCACAGGCCCGAGCCCUGACCCUCUGUCUCCAGAGACGCUGGUGCAGCGACUGGGGCCAAGGGGGAGCCAGCCCUGAGGCCACAGCUCCGAGCAGGAGGGACCUACUGCCACUGUCCCUGGGGAGCUUCCUGGAGCAGAGUGACCACCAGUGGAGUGGGAGGGGACAGGCCCCCCACUUAGGACGGGCGGCUUCUCCUGCCUGUUCCGGAGAGAAGAGGGGCCCCGACCCCACACACAUGCAGCUGGACAAAUGCACACAGGACUCGCCGUCCCUCCCCAAGACGGGGCUCCUCCCGGAGUCACUCCUCACGGAAAUCGGAGCAGCCAUGGUGAUCUGGGGUCUGCGUUCCAAUGAGUUGCACAGUGUGAUUCUGACUCUUCCCUGCGCCGGCUUUUCCUAAUAAACCUGGAGUCACA